CCCUCAACCCACUCUACCACAACCUCACCCACCAAACCAAAAAGACACUCCCAUCAAAAUGUCCUUCCUCCUCCGCACCCUCCCCCGCCAAUCCCGUCCCCUCGCUCUCCGCGCCUCACUCCCAACACAAGCCUUCUCCACGACCCUCACGCAAAGAAAAAGCGCUACCGAGACCGUGAAGGAUGCCGCUAAGACCGUCGACCGGGCCGUGAGCGAUAAGUUGGUUGAUGGGAUUGAGAUUGGUCGUAUGUUUCCCCUCUUCCCUCUUCUCCCCCUCCUCCCCCACCCCCCUUUUCCCCAACAGCAAUUUCAUUUCAACAUCUACUGCGAUGAGAGGAGGGUGUAAAGAGGAGAUAUCACCUUGCCCUCACCUUUCAUCACUUGAAUACUUCUUUCUCUGCUCUGCUACACCGGUCCAAAGAUAGAAGAAAGAUACUAACACCCCCAAAGAAACGGCAGCCCAAAAAGCCAAAGCCGCAACCGGCAUCUCAGCCGACGAAGCCAAGGGAAAAGCCGCCGAAGUAGCAGGUGAAGCGAAGGGCAAGGCAGCCGAGUUGAGCGGGGAG